GAGAGAGAGAGAGAGAGAGAGAGAGCGACAUCAGAUACAGAGCCCAGGGUUCAUAUCUACAGUAACAACGCACUUGCUUCUUCUUUUUUUUUUUUUUUACAAAUAAAACAUCACCAACAUUUAUCAGCAAUUUCAGGGUGAGGAAACGAGACAUGUCACAGGAGAAAACUGGCUACCCUAUAAUGGGGGAGAACAAACCCCUUCACAGUAAUGUCUACGGGCCACCCCAGCCUGAUGCAUUUGGGAUGCCUCCACCUAACUACAGCCAGGCUCCAGGAGGAUUCUCUUACCCAGCACCAGGACCGUGUGGCCAACCAGGUUUUACCCAGGGGGCACCAGGGUUCGCUCCUGGACCCUACCCUCAGAUGCCCUUCCCACAAAUGCCAUACCCUCAAGGCCCAUAUCCACAGGGGCCAUGUCCACAGGGGCCAUAUCCUCAAGGUCCCUACCCUGGGCCAGGACAGCCUGCUUUUGAUGGAGAUCCCAAUGCUGCCAUGGGCAGUCCGGGCUAUCAUAGUGGAGAUAGGCCUCCUUCAUAUUAUGACAAUGAGGAGUUUGCCAACUCAGGCUGGGAGGACAAGACUAUCCGGCAGGCCUUUAUCAGGAAGGUGUUCUUGGUCUUAACUGUACAGCUGAUGGUGACGUUCUCCUUCGUCGCCAUCUUCACCUUUUCAGAAGACGUCAAGCGAUUUGUACAACAAAAUCGAUGGACGUACUACGUGUCCUAUGCUGUCUUUUUCGUUUCUCUCAUCGUGCUCAGCUGCUGUGGAGAAUUCCGACGCAAACACCCCUGGAAUCUGGUGGCACUGUCUAUUCUAACUCUCAGCCUGUCCUACAUGGUGGGGAUGAUCGCCAGCUUCUAUAACACAGACACGGUUAUUAUGGCAGUGGGGAUCACAGCAGUGGUCUGCUUCACCGUGGUGCUCUUCUCCCUUCAGAGCAAGUAUGACUUCACUUCCUGCCGGGGUGUGCUAUUCGUGUGCCUCAUCAUUCUCCUUCUUUUCUCCAUCCUCUGCAUUUUUAUCCGUCACAAGAUCCUGCACAUUGUCUACGCCUCCCUAGGGGCUCUGCUUUUCACCUGUUUCCUGGCUGUAGACACUCAGCUACUUCUAGGCAACAAGAAGCUGGCACUGAGCCCAGAGGAGUACAUCUUUGCUGCACUGAACCUAUACACAGACAUCAUUAACAUCUUCAUUUAUCUCCUUGCCAUCGUGGGCCGCUCCCGGGAAUAAGCAAAAAAACACAUGUACACACACACACAAACACACAGUGAUUACAUUGCACUCAUUCUCUCCUCUUGUUUCCCAUUGUGUGUUCCAUAAUUCCCUCGAGUUUAGCUGAUACACAGGGUGGUCAGACCAAUAGCUCUAUGCAUCCAGCAGGCGUGGAUCACAGCAAAGGAAGGGCAUAUUUAUGAAAUGUAUCUAAUUAAAAAAUCCAUCAUGUCUGCUUGCUAUGUCCCUGAAAUGGCUCAUAUGCAUUUGGAAAAGGUACAGUGUAGGUAGUAUGACCCACCAAUCGUAUCUAAAACAGCAUGAGCAGACAUUUUUCUUACCCUGACACCCGGCAAGCUUGGCACUCUGCCUGAUAACGCUAGCACUGCAUUAAGUGGGAGAAGGAAACGCAGGAAGUUGGCAGAGAGGGCACUGAUAUAUUGUCUAGAAACAAAUGAUCAAUCCGUCAUUGUGUCUCUUUUUCUAUUCACUCUGACCAGUCCGUGUGCUGGUAAAGUCUGCAUGGUAAAUUAAAAGGGUCGAGAAAGACAAAAGAACUCAAAUUUGUCCUUUAAUACCUGCUUAUUAUACACCUGUAAAUAUUUCUAUGAAGUUUCUCCACUCGGAUCAGAGCAUGUCCAUACGAAUGGCAAUGAUGCAGCGUGGAGAAACACGUGACACCACAUUUUAAGAUGCAAACACAUAUUGAGCACUCCACAAGACAGUUCAUUGUUACUAACCACAUACUACCACAUAAACUGUGUAUGUACAUGUAUACAUAAUGAUAAAUGAAACUGGUUUCUUUUUCUUUUUUUCCAAAAUAAAGGAAGGUUUAGUUGUGGCGUCUGUAAGAAUCGAAAGUUCCGUUAGCAUUAUUUGAUACAAUGACUUUCAUUUUAUUUUCAUUAUUUUGUUGGGAUAUGAAAUUACUUUUCUAUUCAUGUGGCACAUUUGUGUUUCUUUGUUCUUUUUUUUUUAACUCGCAUGAAACGCUUGUAUACUGGAAUUAUUGUUUUAUUUCCUUGUGAAGAGUGAGGGUAAAUCCACAGUGUUGCUUCUGUGUUGUUAUUUAUAAGCUAUUUAUUACAGGUUACUGUAGUCUGCAGGACUGUGGAUGGUGUGCUUGCUUUUCUUAUAGGGCUUUGUUAUGCAAACCUCUUUACAACAGGUCGGUGUAACGUGAGAUAUUUACGAUCAUUUCCAGCUUAUCUCUCCUGUCAUGGAUAACCAAGGGCAAACUGUGUUCCCAGAUCAGCACUUUCUAGAAAAUCUAGAAAUAGAAUAAAAAAAAUAGAAUUCUAGAAUUGUUGCUCAGUCUCUAUUAACAUUAGAGUCUCUCAUUUGUGUUGUCCACUGAAUAUAAAUAAGUACAAUCUUUUCAGAGUGGAAAACUAUAUUGUGUGUAAUACAACUAACACUAAAGACCAAGAUGUGAUAAAAAUCUUCUGUAAAGUAAACAAAUGAGUAAUUUCAUAAUAUGCUGCUCACUAUAUGGCUAAUUCAUGGCUUGGAUGUGAUUUAACAACAUAUCCUCUAUCUUGUCUCGGAUGUAAUAUGUAAUAUUACAUGUUAUAAUUGCACGCGCCUUCCUUAGUUUGCAUGAAGAGAGCUGGCACACUGGACUAGUUAAAGAAGUUUGAAGAUAAUGUUCAAUUUUAAUGUGCCGCAGCCCUGUUUUCUCAUUUUUGUGUUUGUGUGUUUAACUGUUGUUUGGCUUUUUAGAUCUCUUUGCACUGUAUAUUUGCAUUAAACUGAAGUUGGACUGUAUCCCUUUACAUGACUGUUUGCCUUUCAUUAAAUUUCGAUCUUAAAGAGAUGGAAA